AUGUUGGCAACUCUCUAUCCGGAGAAGUGGGUGCCAUACAAGCACCUUUGGCCUUUCCUCCGUAACCAUCUGGAUAACUGGAAGAACCUGGGACUCUUGGCGGAAAUUAGCAAAGCUAAGAAGAAGUUGCCACCCUCUAUCUUCAUCCUGGCGGCAGGAAGGGACGAGCUUGUGCCUGCCUCGCAAAGUGAUAUGCUUUAUCAGCGAUGCCUCGACCUCGGAGUACCGGUCAAGCGAUAUAGCGUGCCAAGGGCCUACCAUAAUGAGUCUAUGAUCAGGAUUGAGGGAAGACUCGCGGUCGCAGCUGCCAUUGAGGCUGAGAUUACGGAGGCGCUCAAGUCUGAAAGAAGCCCCAGGGACGAAGCAGGUGCAAUUCGCUGA